AUGGUAGAGAACAAGCAUAUUCCGAAAUAUAUUCGGGAUCGGCCAUGGUACAUCGGAAGUGAGGAUAAGGAGGAUGGUGGUGAUUAUCUUGGACACCAUCGGAUUGACGAGGGUCAGGGACCAAUCGAUUAUUCUCUUCCCAAGUUGGGAAAUGAUAUUAGUGAUAAGUUUUUGAUUGUUGGGAACAAAAGGAGAGGCAAAGGUGUUGGUGGGAAGUGUUGCAACUGCGGUUCGUUAGGUCAUGAGAAGCGGGAUUGUUUAGAGCGACCUAGGAAGCAACGACGUGGCACAGAAGAUAUAUCUAAGCAAGAGGAGGGUGCUGGUAAGGGGGAGGAGCGGGCCGAAGAGUUCAAGGUACGAGAUGAGAGUGGGUUGAAUUUUGAUGCUAAGCGCGAUAGGUGGUUCGGUUACGAUGAUAGUGGUUAUAAUGAGAUGAUCAAGCGCAGCUGGUUAAAGAGGAAUGCGGAAGAUACGGGAGGCGCACAAGACAAAGCGGUUGUAGACUUUGAUGUGCAGAUAGAACGGUACAAGCUGGGGCUGGUUGAUGAUACCAAAUCAGAUGAUAUUGGAUCAGGGGCUACGUCGGACAAUGCACCAUCUAUACGGUUACGUGAAGACAAGGCUAAAUAUCUGAACGACUUGAACUCUGAGGAGCUCAAGUAUGAUCCUAAGUCCAGACUUUACAAAGAUAAGGAUCUAGGCGAGGUUGACCCCAAGACAAAGAUGUUUCAUCGCCACUUGAAGGGUGAAUCUGUCCAACUGGUAAACUUGGGCAAAAAGGUCCGAGAAUCUGCCUCAAAAGCUGGUAUUAGAGACGAUACUCGGAACAUUAAUAAGCCUGAUCAUGUUUUAGCGGCAAAUCCAACCAAAUAUGAGAUAUUGUUAAUGAUGGGUACAAAAGGUACAGCAGAUCUUGCUGUAUCAGGGAAUAUGCAAGGAACAGACAGGCCGCCUUUAAAAAGAUCUGACACUGAAGAGACGAACGUCGAUACUAAACAGAAGGGACCUACGGACUAA